AUGCCUGCCGCGGUGACGAUAGUGGCGGGGGCGAUGUCCCUCGCCGUGGCGUACGGCCAGCUCCUGAGCCGACCGGACGACCUGGCGCUGGCGUGCACGGCUUCCACGGCGAUGUACUUGAUGGUGCACUACGCCGCGCAGGCCAUGGGGUCGUCGUCUGCGGGCGGCGACGAAGGCAGUGUUGAAGACGCCGAGAGGGCCCGUGGGAAGCGCGUGGCGCUGGCCAUGGCGCUGGUCCUCUACGGCCUCGCAUGCGCUGAGGUCUGGGACUUCGCCGCGAGCAGGGAGAUCGCCGUGGCCGCGCUCGCGAGCUGGUGCGGCGCGGCUGUGAUGCUGCUGGUUUACUUGGUUGUGGCAAGGGCAAGCUGCGCUGGCGGAUGCUACAGUGCUCUUGCUACUGACGUGCCGUAG